CAAACCAACAGUCACAAUCACCUCUUCAAGAAUAAAAAAGAAAACCUGUCGUUUGGAGUCAGGGGACACGUGGCAAAUGCGAUGGCUACAUGCUCAAACCCAGGAAACGACCAAAAGCACCCCAACCAACCUCUUCGUUCUCUUUGCACCAACUCCAAAUUUUCCUCAUCCCUCCUCUAAAACCCUAAUUGUUUUUUAGUUGAAUUCUUAGAAGAAAUUUAGGAUUAUAUAUACUUUUUAUUCAUUGUUUGUAUAGCUUCAAUUGUAUGAUAUAAUUUUAGAUAUAUAGAAAUGACUUCGAGUUUACACCAAUGGGAAUCCGACCCGCUCUUUUCAGCAGCCGAAGUGGUUCAAGACUCAGCCGACAGGAUGGAAUCAAUAUAUCGUCUUCUUUUGCAUGAGCAAAGUCUUGUUCAAGGAGACCAUCAAGACCAAAGGUUUCUUUCUUCCAUAGAUUAUCAUAUGCGUGAUCUGGCAACUAUACUUGAAACAACAAAGUGGCAGUUGGAAGACUUUGAAAGAGCAGUCAGCUCGUCAGCUAUGAUCGACAAAUCUCGAAUGAUGGAGGAUGUGAUUUCUAGACAUAAGCAAUUUAUUGGAGCCAUUAGGGAACAAAUAAAUCAAGUGGAGAAAAGCUUAGUGGACCCAUCAAUGGGGAAAUUCUUGAGAAACUCUGAGUGGGUUAACUUAAAUAAACAAGAUAGAGAUGGGUUGGCAUUAUUUCUUUCAGGAGGAAAUCCCAUUGACCCUUUCGGUCAUUCUGAUCAUGAAGAUAGUAGUAUUUUGAAAAGAUUUCUUGAUCCGAACACAGCAUCCAGUUCAAAAGAUGCUGGGAUCAAUGAGCAUGAAAGCAAAGAAACUGAGAAAUUGAAGAUGAAUGGGAUCCAUGCUGGUCCUUAUUAUGGUUCAGUAAAGGAGAAUAACUUGAGAAAUGUAGGUUCCCAUUAUUCUGCAAGAUCUGGUUUAGAUGCACUAGAUUCUCUUCAAGCAACCUCAUGUAGCAGACAUAAUGAAGAUGAGAAUUGGGAUCUGGAAGCUAAUGAGGUCGAACCUAAAAGCUUCUUCCUUGAGAAUAAGAUGAGAGGACGCAGCAGCAGAAUCUUUGGAUACUUGAAUUAUCUAUGGACUGCAUAUGAGAGUAGAUUAAGUAGGAAUUACACAAAGCGGUUGAAAGAUGGAGAAGAAGAAAGGAAUUCCCCAUCAUGCAUUGAUGUUCCUUAUGCUGGUCAGGGAUGGCGUAGGGGAAUAAGUUUAGCUUCCAGAGACAGCUGCUUCCAGUUAUGCUCUGGGUUCUUGGCAAACCCUAUGCACCUCUGUGCCAGGCUUGGGGCAUGUGAAGCAAUAUAUGAAAGAUUUCCCAAUCAAGUUCAUCCUAAUAGAAGUUCUAUACAAUGGAUACUGGCAGUGCUGGUUAUACUCACAAUUUUGGGUAUACUGGUUUCCCGGGUUGUGUAAACACGUAUGUCAAUAGUUGCAUUUUGCCAUUGCUGCACUUAUAAAUCGUUGUGAAGCUUCAGAAGGGAGGAACAUUGAUGAUUCUCCUACAUUGACCCUCAUAUAAUUGCUCAGGUGUGAAAAUAUGCAUUACUGAUCAUCUAACUAUAGUUGUUUAUUUUGCGAGCCUUCCACAGAUUUAAUUAAAAACCUUCUUUCAGCGGUUGCCUAUCCCUAAUUGUUUCUGCUAGUUCUUGAGCAUUUAGCAGAUUGUCACUAAUGUCGUGUUGCAUAGUAAUAAAGAAAUUCUGGGUUCUGCUAGAAGUAGCUAUCAUUUCAUGCGUUUGGAAGGAACAUUUACAUUGAAUGUUAAUUCAUUUUUUUAGCCAAAAGAAAGAAAGAAAGAAAAAAGCCAUGCAUAAAUGGUAUGUCCAUGUUCUUUUUUUUUUGUGUUUGCUAUAUUACCACUUUAUUUCAUGGCUAAUAUAUAAGUUAUGCCAUUAUCUUCAAGCAUUACAGUAGUUGAGUAAUUGGGUUGCCAUUUGGAUGGUUUAAUGAUAAAUGUGCCAGUGCUUGUUUCAUGCAU